AUGAUGUUCGUGCUAUCAUUCUACUGGACGGCGCAAGUUGGCAAGAAUAUUCUCCAUGUCACUGUAUCGGGUGUUGUUGGUACUUGGUGGUUUGCUCCUGAGGAUGCUAGUAGCUUUUGCUCCCCUGCAAUCAACGAUUCACUGUUGCGAGCUACAACUUAUUCUCUUGGAAGUAUUUGUUUAGGUAGCCUCUUGACGGCAUUACUGCAAUUUGCUUGUCAAUUGACGAGAGAAGCCAGACGUCACACGCGAUGCAACGCAAUACUCCGUUGUGUUCUUGAGUGUCUCGUGGAUUUUCUCGAACGGCUUGUGGCAUACUUUAACCAGUGGGCUUACGUGUACGUCGGUCUCUACGGGUACGACUACUUAACAGCGGGUCGCAGGACGAUGUCUCUCUUUAUGGAACGAGGAUGGACAAUCAUCAUCAACGAUAAUCUUGUCCUCAGAGUACUUGGUUUAAUGAGCGUGUUGAUGGGUUUCCUCACGGGAUGUUUCGGACUCAUCAUAGCUUCGAUCAAGUCCUCUUGGCUAGAGGAUUUUGGAAACUCUGCAGCCUCCGUCGCCUUUUGCAUUCCGUUUCUUAUCGGAGCCGCGGUGGCGUAUGCUUUGAUGAGUGUGGUCGCCUCCGCCAUCGAUACGGUUCUUGUUGCUUUCGCGGAAGGUCCUUUAGAUUUUGAAAGGAACCAUCCUGGUCUAUAUACACAAAUGAUUACUGCAUGGCGUCAAGUCUACCCCGAAGAAUUUGGAAUGUAG